UUUAUUAAUAUAGUUAUUGGUGUUAUUUAUUUGUUACUCAAAAUAUAAUUUAUCAUGUUACAGUAUACUGGAAAAAAAAUAUAAAAAUAACUUCAUACUAAAAUCUAAAAGAAAUUUUAAAUAUACACAUAUUAUGUAUAGUAAAAUUGUAAAUAUAAUAAAACAGUAAUCAAAAAAGAAAAUUGAAACUUAGGACGGAAAUUGAAGAUCUUAAUCUUAUCAAUUUUUAAAUAUUUUUUUCUGGCUGUGGUGCAAAAUGAUAUUCAAUUGAAGCAUAAUAAAGAUAAACCAUGUUAUCACUGCGAAAGGUGCAUCUGGAAUCUCUAAACUACACAAGAAUGUGUUUUGUGGUCAAUUGCCUCAAAAAACUGAAAAGUUCUCAGCAGUGGUUAAGUCGCCAAAAAGCAGAUCCAUAUGUAGAAAAAGCAAAAAUUUAUAACUACAGAUGUCGCAGUGCAUUCAAACUAUUAGAGAUGAAUGAAAAAACCAAUAUUUUGACUCCUGGUAUGUUUGUUAUUGAUCUUGGAGCAUCGCCUGGCUCCUGGACACAAGUUGCAGUUCAAAAAACAAAUGCAGAUGGUAUUGAUAAAAAGAAGCCGAAAGGAAUGGUUAUUUCUAUUGACAAACUACAGACAUUCCCCAUUGAGGGUGCAACUAUAAUGAACAACAUAGAUUUUUCUACAAUUGAGGCUCAUGAUAAAGUGAUUGAUGUUCUUGGUGGCAAAAAAGUUGAUUUGGUGUUAUCCGACAUGGCUCCCAGUGCCACUGGUGUAAAAGAGUUAGACAAAGAUAAAAUAAUUGGACUCUGUUACAUGGCUAUUAGAUUUGCUGCACUUGUGACAAAAAUAGAUGGAAACCUUUUAUUUAAAGUAUGGGAUGGAAAAGAAGUUCCUAUAUUAGAAAUGGACUUAGAAAGAUUUUAUAAAAAUAUCAAAAUUUUAAAACCAAAAGCAAGUAGGUCUGAUUCUUCUGAAAAAUAUAUACUUGCUAGAGGUUUUAGAGGCAUUCAAAGGCCGUUAGAAAAAGGAAGGUGGGGAUAAAAACAAUUUUUUAUGCUACUUGUUUUAAAUUUAUAAUUAAUCACAUGUCUUCCAGUUUAAAUAAAGGUGUAUAUGUAAAUUGCAUCAUUAUUAGCAUCUUAUAAAUUAAUAUACACUAGUGCCAUCAACCAUCUUGUCAUUAAAUUAUAAUUAGAAUGAAACAAUAUAUAUAUUGUUUCAUUCUAAUUAUAAUUUAAUUUGUACUUUUGUAAGAAAUAAAGAAACAUAUUCUGUAAAAUAUAAUAUAUUCUUAUUUUGGCAAUCAUAAUAUCUUGUAGUAAGUACUAAGUGAAGAUUGAUAAAUAACUCUUAAAUUAGUUUUUCAUGUGUUCUAGUAUCUAUGCUGCAUCACAUCGACAGAUAGAUGUGGUUUUGGUUAAUGUGAUCCCCACUUCUGUUACCUAGUCAAGUGCACAAAUAUUUUCUAUAUAUUAUUUAUUUUGACACAGAGGUCACGUCCGGGUCCCUGGCCCCUCUAUCUUCUCAUUGGGAUUUCUACCCUAUAUCAUCCACAAAAAGUACCACAAACAAAUCAAGAGGUAUGAAGAGAUUGUUACAUAAACUGUUGACCCUCUGUUGAUUUGUUUGUUGCUUACAAAUUACUGAGGUGAUCAUUAUUUCACCUACUUGCAAGAACUGAAUACUUAAAUGUUUGUUUUAAAUAUUAUAUAAGUAAUUAAAUUGAAUUACUAUAUAAGUAAAAGAUAAAUUAAACUACAAGUGAUAACAGCAUACUUAUUUUAUUAUGUACAUAAUUUAAAUUCCUUUGUACUAUUAACGAAACAUUAUUGUUAUUUAUAUUUUAAAAAACCAAAGUAUAUUACAAUACGCCUUGGCUAAGCGUUUAAAGCACUAAAUAUAUGGACGUGACAAUCAUAAAAUAAUGUAUAUGAUUUCUUUUGUUAUUUUGUAUAAUAAAAACUCACUAAACGCUAUUGGCACUAAAAGCCACUAAAUUAUAAUAAAAUGCUUGUAGCCACCUUAGCUUAUCAAUACAGCAAAUUAAAAGGCAUAAUGUUAAUCCAAUAGCGUAUUAUUAUGGACAAUAUUUUUUUAUAAUAUAUGAAAAAUCUUGUCAUGUUCACAAUUUCAAUUGAUUUUACAGAUUCAUAUUUAUAAGUAAUUUAAAAAUAUUCAUAGCUGUUUAAUACCUAAUCUAAAUACAUAAUUAUGUAGCCUGUUUAAAUGACACAAUCAACGAAUAUAAUGUAAUGUAAUGUACAAAUUAUCGAUAAUAAUAUAAAAAUAUGUCCA